AUGGCAACACCGCCACAACAGGUUCAGUCACAACAGGUUCAACCUCAGCUCCAGUCUCAUGCUCAUUCUCAAUCUCUAUCCCAACCGCAACCCCAGUCUCAACGGUUUGCACAAUUCAAACUAGUCUUGCUAGGAGAAAGUGCCGUUGGAAAAUCGUCGAUUGUUCACAGAUUUGUCAAAAACACUUUUGAUGACAUGAGAGAAUCCACCAUCGGAGCAGCAUUUUUGACGCAAUCAAUCACAAUACCAGAGUCAGACGUCACGGUCAAGUUUGAUAUAUGGGAUACUGCAGGACAGGAACGCUAUAAAUCGCUAGCACCAAUGUAUUACAGAAACGCCAAUGCCGCCUUGUGUGUCUAUGACAUCACAAGCAGCAGCUCUUUCAAAAAGGCUCAGGACUGGAUCAACGAGUUGAAGAAACAAGCCCCCGACAGCAUCGUGGUGACAUUGGUCGGCAACAAAUUGGAUCUCAAAGACCAAAGAGAAGUUCAGCAGGAACAAGUACAGGAGUACGUUAACGAAAUGCACGCUCAAGGCUUGAAACUUCUUACUUCGGAAUGCUCGGCGAAAAAUGGCGAGGGAGUAAUAGAAAUCUUUGACAAGAUAGCUAGGGCUUUACCAGUGGAGGAAGUCAUCGAAGCUAAUGCAAAGAGAUCGAGACAAGGCGGUGCUGCCGGUGGCAGAAGAGCCGCGGGUGUCGAUUUAAACAGGCCUAGGCGCCAACAGGCGCAAAGCAACUCUUGCUGCUAG